CCAAAUCCUUCGCACUUCAUUCCCCCAAAUCAGUCCGUGCGACCGCCGAUUUCCUCCAGACUGCCGACUACCACACCGCCGACCGCCACCAUCUCCUUCGCGAGGCGCCGACUGCCACCGCCGACCGCCAUCUCCUUCGCGAACUAGGAGCGCCGACCAUCGCCGUUCGCGACCCAGGAGCGCCGACCGCCACAGCCAUUUCUCCUCUCGCGUAUAGCCGCCGGCGCCAUCUCCGUUCGUCCAAGGUCCAUCCGGUCGCCAUUUCCAUUCAGGUUAUUUGCUGUUAUAGGUUUGUUUGUGUUUGAAAGAGGCACUUCUAGAGCAACACUAUUAUACUCAUCUUCUUGUGACAUCCGGGCAGUGGUUGUAACCCAUUGAAUUAUGGCAAAACUAAUGUCUGUGGAACUAUAUCCUCAUAGAUUAUAGACUGCAAAUCUAUGCUCAGAACUUGAAAUAGGAGUAGCAAGCUUUCAAGUAUUUAAAACAUCAUCCCCACCAUUUCAUUGGUUCUGUGUUAAGAGUGGCAAUGAGAAUAUACAGGGUGGUGUUUUGUUAGGUCUGGACUCUGGCUUCCUUACUGAUACAAACUUUGUUUGUCUUAUAGUAUUAUACAGUUAUACUUGAUGAGUUUUCCAGAGCAAUGGCCUUGUAAAGUCUCUGUUAUGUUGUACUUGUAAGUUGUAAGUUUGAGCUGAAUGCCAAAGUCAUAUUCUAAUUUAUAUUGCAUUAUUGCACAAAAAAAAAAACAAAAAGAUUACUAUGUAAAUGAGUUCAAAAAUUUUAUUGCUAAUUUUAUUGUUAUUGGCCUCUAUUUAUUUCGAAUUUUUAAAAAUAAUUGUGAAAAUAAAUUUUAUUGUUAUUGGCCUCUAAAUAAAAUUGAAUAUGUUCAUAGUUCACACUGCCAUACUUUUUUUUGAACAAAGUUCACACUGCCAUACUAAAUAACUAUAUAUGGUGUUUUGUUUUUUUUGAAAACACUAUAUAUGGUGUUUUACUUGUAGCUUUUUAAUAUGCUAUAUAUAUAUUUCUUUUUCCCACUCCCGGCAAAAGCACCCUGCGUUUCCUUUUCCCACAAACAGACGAAUACAUAUGUAUUUGUGUUUGUCGGUAUUCUUCGGCUUUGAUCUGCCAAUGGGUCGCAGGAGAUGCAAACAUUAGAUUGAGUCCUUCCCUUCAUGGGAAUGCGUUUAGUUGAGGCAUUUCCUGUGUCUUUUUAAAGUAUCUUCCUUGUGUUUUUGUCCUUGAGUGAGUAAAUUAAAGAUAGAGUAUUGGGCAAAUGGGAAUAGCAACGGAGUCGAGAAUGGACCAGUAUGAUAUUAUGGAACAGAUUGGCAGGGGGGCAUUUGGUGCUGCAAUUCUCGUUCAUCACAGACAAGAGAAAAAGAAGUAUGUGCUAAAGAAGAUUCGGUUAGCAUGACAAACGAAGCGCUGCAGAAGAGCUGCUUAUCAAGAGAUGGCUUUAAUUGCCCGAGUUCAACACCCUUAUACAGUUGAAUUCAAAGAAGCAUGGGUGGAGAAGGGUUGCUAUGUUUGCAUUGUUAUUGGCUACUGUGAAGGCGGCGAUAUGGCUGAAUUGAUGAAGAAGGCAAAUGGAUUAUACUUUCCCGAAGAGGUAUUUGAAGUAGCACCCUACUCCAUGGACGAAAUAGAUGAAGUUCGAGAGUUGUGGGCACAAUAUUUCAUAGAAGUGUAACUUGGUUUGGUUUAAACAUUAUCUUUAUUAUUAUUAACUUAUGUUUAUGUUUUGUUAAACAAUUGUAUCAAGUAUAUUUGUGAGAUUAUUAAAUAUUAACUAUUGUGUGA